UCAGGUCGAUAGCAAACGAGCUAACUAGCUCCACACAGGCAAAAUACUGUCUGAAACAUAACAGCGAAAAAUCGGCUGGUUACUUAUUUUAAUGUAUAUAUUUAUUUUUUAUAUAUCGAAACGUUAGAUCGGAAAAUUGCAGAAACUGGGGCGAAAGGAGAGGAGAAUGGUCGUCCCUGAUGGUGGAAGUGUCAUUCAGCCAGCCGAUAAUGGUGACGCCGACGGGACGAUGUCCAGUUCAGAGCCCGAGUUCGGGCCGACCCUGACCACAGCGGAGCUCGAGGAGGUCCGAAAGCUUCAGGAGCUGGUGCGACGCCUGGAGGUCCAGAAUCAAGCCCUGCGCAACAGGGGCAGCAAACUAACUAACAGCAACCUCACCACAGGGAGUAACAUGAACAACCUGGACGAGGUCAUGGACACGUCCCCCAGAGCAGAGGAUGCUGGGAGCUCGCUGUCUCCUCCAGCGGGCAGCAGUAGCAGCGAGGACAUGUCUCCGCUGCCCGACGCCUGCAGGCCUGAGGACGAGGACGGGUUCUUGAGCUCACCGUGUGCUUCUGGCUCCAAACACACACGGGCACGCUUUAGCCCUGGUGCGUCUCCAGAGGUCUGCGAUUCAGAGGCGCUGGGAGCGGGUCACGCGGGCAUGGACCAGUCCGCCCUGGACGAGGUGGAUGUACUUGACUUGGAGACGUGUGCUCAGGCCGACGAUGAAGACAGCUGGUUGUACGUGUCCCCAAAGAAGCAGGUUGUGGCAGAACAGGGGCCUGAAUCACCACUGAAAUGGUGUAGAAAAGUUCUCGAUCACCCCAGUCCAGAGACUGAAGUCGCCUGUCGGACACUCAUCAACCGACUAGACCAAACAUCUAGAUGGAAGAACGUGUACAGUAGCCCAUCUCAGACGGCCGAGGCUGGCGUCUCAGCAUCCUCUUCUGCUGGGUACCUCAAAUCAACUAACAAAACACUACUAACCUCUGGCAGCUCAGGUCACAUGGGCGUCCACUCUGCUCUCAGCUCCCAGUCCUCUAUUGACAGUGAGUUAAGCACCUCGGAUGACUCCAUCUCCAUGGGCUAUAAGCUUCAGGAUCUGACUGACGUUCAGAUAAUGGCUCGUCUGCAGGAGGAGAGUCUCCGGCAGGACUACGCCUCUACCUCGGCCUCGCGCCGCAGCUCGUCGGCGUCCCUGCAGUCUCUGCGUCGAGGCACAUACAGCGAUCAGGAGUUCGACUCCUACAGUCUGGAGGACGAGGAGGACGAGUGUUGCUCUCUGCCUCAGCGUCUCCAGCGCUACUCGCCCUCGCCACACAGCUCUCCCCGCUGCCUCUCUCCCAACACACUGGCGGAGUACAGCCGGCUCGCCGCGCCGCGCCCGCGCAUGUCCCGCCGCUCCCUGCAGGGCCCGGGGUCCAAGAGCGAGGAGGAGCUCAGGCACAGCAUGCCUAACCUGACCCCGCGCACCAGCCUGCACUCUCUGGAGGCAGUCAGAAACAGCCGCAGCAUGGAGGCUAACUUACAGAGCUCAGGCAACCGCACGUCCCGUCUGCCCCACUCCCCGACAGGUGUAUCAUCUGCACGGAUGAGGGGCGAUGGCCAGUCCCCGCUCUAUCUGCGGGCUCCCAUGAAAGCUCUCGGGCCCGUGGGCUCUAUGACUGGGGUGCGACAGCAUGCCAAAGGGCCUCCAGGGGCCCAGGGAGGGAUGAGGAGGGUUCAGUCCCCGGGCCCCAGCAAUGGGGCGGCAUACUCGGGCUCCAGGAGCGCUGCUGUAACCAGACAAACACCCGGAAGAGGCAUGGCCCCAACAUCCCCUUCUUCCAGAGGCAGACUUCCACAGACACCCAGAAGCAGAUCCCUGGGAAUGACCAAACCCUGUGCUCCCUUCACUGAUGAAUCCUGGAAAGAUGGUUGUUACUGAACUCCACCUGUCGUCCUCACAGUGAAAUCCAACGCGGCACCACUGCCUAAAAACCAACACCGAGGCCCUCAAACAAGAGUGUGAACGAAUCCAGAGUCUCAAUGACAAGAGCAACUGUGGAGGAACGGUGGAUCUGACAGAGACUGCGACAUUAAUUGUAAUAUUUGCUUGAAUUUUUGUUUUGUUUUGUUUUGAAACAUCAAUGUGCUUUUAAUUUCAUGAGAAUUGGGAGGUUUGAAAAACUGAGAGAACUUGAAUAAUGAAGAAGGUUUGUGUCUUGUAAUACAUGUAGUUUUUUUUGUGAAACAACGUGUGGAAUUUAAUUCCUAGAUGCUGUGGAAUAACCUGAUGUUGAUUUUGCAUGUUUAAUCUAUUUUUUUUAAAUGAAGGAUAUAUGAUUUCUCUGUGGGGG